AUGCUGGCUUCACGCGCUGCCCGUCCAGCCACCUCACCGUUAAGAUCAUUUAGCUCGUUAGCCGUUUCCUAUUUUUGUCCCUCCAUCAGAGACAUCACAUUGGAAUCUACCGAGGAGUUCAUCAGACGACAGAAGGAGUUUCGUGAGGACCUUGUUCGUUUGAGAAACCAACAGCAAGAGAGUGUAGAUCAGAAUCAAGAAGCCGUCUCCAAACGCAGUCCUCUAUCCUCACUCAUCUACGGCACCGAUAAAUGCCACGAAUUUGACAAGGAAUUGGCGCGCUCCUUCUCACAAGUCCUGGCGCGUGGUAAGUACGUCCACUCCCUUGUCAUGCACGAAGUCAAGCCCGAUAAGGUCGAUGAAUAUGCGGAUCUGGUGGGCCAGUGGUACCCCCGCAUGGCGAGGAUUCAGGAGAACUGCGUCAACUUGGUGGGCAGUUGGCGGACGCAAGUAGGCGACAGUGAUACGUUUAUCCAUAUCUGGGAAUACCAGCGGUACGAAGGUUACCACUCCUCCCUUCACAAAAUAUCAGAACACGCAGGGUUCCGUGAGUUCGACCGCAAACUCAGGAGCCUUAUCAAAGGCGAGAAGACAUCCCUGAUGCAAGAAUUCUCUUUCUGGCAUACGACCCCACCUCGCCGUCUCGGUGGACUGUUUGAGCUUCGCUCAUACACUCUUUAUCCGGGAAACCUCCUGGAAUGGGAGUUACACUGGCGUCGCAGUCUCUCGGCACGUCGUGAGGUUAUUGAGGGCGUGGGUGCAUGGUUUGUGCAGAUUGGCGACUUGAACACGGUACAUCAACUCUGGCAGUUCGCUAAUCUAGAGCAGCGUAAGGUCUGCCGUGAGCAUGCAUGGAGCCGUGAUGGCUGGGCUGAGACAGUUUACAAGACUGCUCACCUCACCCAAAGCAUGCAAAGCCGAAUUCUUGUCCCGAUGCCGUGGAGCCCCGUCGCUUAA